UAAUAUCAACCUACGGAAUAAGCAAUCGAUUUCUUGCUUAAUAUGGCUAAAAAGCAGCGAUUACGCCUGCGUGAGAGUUUAUUUUUACCUACAUUUCACCAUUUGUCUUCAGUCAUUUAUUAGAGUUCCAAGUGUUUAGUUUCCUAUUUAAUAAAAAGUACAAUAGUAAACUUCAAGAUAAAUUAUUUUGUAUAAUUUUUAAUUUCAAGAACAACAAUCACACAAAUUAAGUAUAUAACUUACGUCACAUUAUUAGAAAAAAAAAAAAAAUCAAAUUAUCAGUCGUCAAUAAAUAAUUAAAGCUAAAAAAGCCCAUAAGCUCCAAUGUAUAACGGUCGCCGUUACGAGGCGAGAACGAAAGUAUGUCGUUACCCCGGGAGUGGAGCUUCCUUCAACAGGAAGCGAGGUCCUCAGUGGAUGUACGAAAUUCUCAAAUGGGAUCACAGGAGUAUAAUAUCAGUGGCAGUACAUCGGCGGUGGUCAACAACGAAAAUUUGAAUCAAAAUUUACUGGGAUCAUUGCUUUCAAUUCAUUCAGCGCCAGUCUAUGAUUUAAAUGCCCACAAAGAUUCGCCAACCCGACCGUCUGCGUCAUUAAUCCAAGCGACAGCUAUUUCUACACCAGUAGUUCCGCCACAUUCGAGUCCAGACGCUGAUGAGGAAGACAAUGACAAUUUGCUGACCAUUUCCAGUCUUACGGCGCGACCUCUAAUUGCCAAAUCUCGGGAAAUUCGAUCCUCGAAAAAAUCUGCCAAUAGGAAGAAAUCCAAAGAACACAAGAGACCCAACAAUGCCACGUUGGUGCCAUUGGAUGGUGGCUAUGGUUGGGUCGUUGUCGGAGGAGCUUUUUUUGUACAAUUCUGGGUCGCUGGACUGGUUAAAUCUUAUGGUGUUUUGUAUGUUGAGGUCAUGGAAACCUUUCAAGACUCAACGGCUGCUGUCGCUUCGUGGAUUCCCGCUAUUCUUUCUUGCCUUUGUCUUGCUCUAGCUCCAGUAACGAGUGUACUAUGCCAAAAAUACAGUUGUCGUUUAGUAGUAUUUAUAGGCGGUUUAUUUUGCGCCCUUGGAUUAAUAAUAACGUACUUUGCAACAAGUUUAAUUCAUCUAUUUUUUACAUUUGGAGUGUUGACCGGAAUUGGAGGUGGUCUGUCUACAACUCCUGGUAUAAUAAUAGUAUCACAAUAUUUUGACAAACAUCGUGCGUUGGCAAACGGCGUUUGCGUUUCCGGUACAGCUGCUGGAAGCUUCGUAUUUCCAUUAUUGAUUGAAACGCUGGUGGCUAAUUUUGGAUUUCAUGGGACUAUUUUAUUGCUGGGUGGUUGUAUGCUUCACGUUUGUGUAUCGGCGACCCUUUAUCGGCCAUUAGAAGACAACCCGUCUGCGAUAUUGCCAUCAAAAAGUCUUGAAAUCAAAGAAGAAAUAAUUGCGUCAUCGAUACCAAAGCAACAAAAACUCGAGCUUAUUUUUGCGAAUGAAAAGAUUGAAAAAAAUAUUUUGAAUGAUUUGUUUCAUCAAAACGUAACGUCAGUUGAGUUGACUGACAGCGAAGAAGAAAAAGACAUAAUGGGGGAAGGUUUGAAAAUGAAACCAAUAUCAAAAAUACGAAGCUCAAGUAUUUUACACAGCGUUGAAGAUUUGUCAACUGAUUCAACGUGUGUUUACAAAGCCCGCGUAUCUUUGAAAUCUUUGAAAUUAUCAUCUGCACCUACUGUGAAUUCACCAUGUGCUAAAGAACCACCAGUUCCUGAUGAUGAAAAGAUUGAACAGAAUGGAAAAUUAUACAAAAAAAUAAUGCGAUAUUUGGACAUUAGUCUGUUGAAGAAUCCCCAAUUUAUCAUGAUGUGUCUCUCCGUUAGUUUAAUGAGCACUGGCAGCCCAUAUAUGUUGUAUUAUUUGCCGGCUUAUGUACAUGCUGCGGGCUACACUAAAUCAGAAGCUGGGUAUUUAGUUGCUAUUUCUGCGGCGCUUGAUCUUUGCGGGCGACUUGGGCUUGGCUGGCUAUCAGAUUUACAACUUUUUGACCGAAGAAAAGGUUACAUUGGAAGCAUCGUUGGCGCCGGAGUUGCUGUCUUGGCAAUUCCAAUGGCCCAUUCGUUCUACGUACUGGCUUGCUCAGUUGGAAUGUACGGAUUAUGCCUCGGAUGUUGGUUUUUAUUGGUACCAGUUCUUCUUGCUGAUCAAUACGGUACCGACAAAAUUUCUUCAAGUUAUGGACUUGUUAGAAUGUUUCAAAGUAUUGGGGCAAUUUCAGUUCCACCACUUGCUGGUUAUCUUCGGGACAUCACCGGAAGUUAUAAAGUUUGUUUUUUUUGCAUGGGCACUUGCAUGGUACUCGGGGGGUUACCUUUAUUACUUGUGCCUGUCGAAACUCAAAAACUGACUAAAUUAAAAGACAAUUCGUCAGACAUUAAAACUACACAAAUAAAUCAAGAUCAAGAAUAAAAAAUUUUCCUUUUUGUACUGAUGAUAAGAAGAAAAAAAGGAAGUAAAAAGUUUUAUGAAUUUAAUCAUUCUAAUAUAAAAUUUACAUUUUAUUGAUUUAUCAGUAAAUUUUAGUUUUCGUGAUAAGAAAUAUAAAAGUUUUUUAACUUCAUUUAAACUUUUUUUUUAAUUUUAUCAUUUCUUCUUUUUUGUAAUCAAUGAAAUUGACUCUGUAAUUUGAAAAGUGAACAGAAAUAUGAAAAUAUGAAAAAAGCGACGCGUCUGUGCUCAUGCACACACAGAAAAAAAAAUAACUUGGUCCCAAUAGAAAAUUAUUAUGAAGAAAAAAAAUUUUUCACUCAAGAAAAUUUAUUUUGAAAUGUUUUUUUUUUUCUUUUUGAGUUUUCAUUGUCACGUAACUUUAUUUUGAAAUGAAAAUUAUUUCAAGUAUAUAAAUAUAUCAAAGUAAAAAAUUGGAUUUGAAAAAUUUUUAUUAUAAUCAAAAUUUCGGGCAGAAUAUUUCUAAAAAAAUAGUGGAUUUUAAUUAUGAAUCGAAAUUUGAGCCAAGAAUUCUUUUCUAUAAAAAAUUUGACUUCUCGAACCAAAACAAAAUUUUUUGAAAAUAAAAAAAUGAUUUUUUGGUUCCGUCACUCGUGUGCGAAGACGUAACCCGCGACUUAUUUGGGCGGGAGAUUUAAAGUCGCCGGAUUUUACGCCGCGGACACGAUUCGUGUCACCGAUUUUCUUGGGAUAAAUUUCUCGACUUUUUGGUUGGAGAGUAAAUAUUCUUGCUUCAGGACAAUAACAUUUUUUAUUAAAAACUUGAAAAUAUUUGAUCCAAGAAUAAAUAUUCUUUUACUAAAAGUGAAAUACAUGAAGAAUUUUUUAUUCUUCAUGAGUUCUAACAAUUAAAUGCAGAAUAAUUUCUUGAAUUAAAAAAAACAAAGUGACUCAAACUUAGAAUCGCAUAUUCAAGAAAAAUUUUUCUGGCCCAGGUGAUUUUUUUUCUGUGUAAGAGUAGGAAAAUUUUUCGAUGGAAAAUGAGAAGGAGAUUUCAAAUUUGAAAGUUAAUACUAGAUUUUUGAAACACGAAAUUUUAACAUAUUGUUUAUUAAUGACGUUUUCAGGUGUUCACUCUGAGCUACUCUGAUCAAAGAUUAGGAAAACAGCCAAUAUUUUACAAAUCUAGCAGAUCUUUAAUUCUGAUCGACUAUCCAGUGAGACGUUGAUUUUUAAAAAUUGUAAAUAAUAAAUUUGUUUGCACUAAAAUUUAAAUUUACAACAAAAAAUAAAGGAUCCAUAAAAAUUGAAAUGUUUAGUAAUUAGCGAAAAAUUUAUCAGUUCUUGAAGUAGCUGUAGAAAAAAGAAGAGAAACGAAAAAUGAUUUCACUCAUAAAAUUGAAUAGAAAUUUUAAAAUUUCAUUCAUUUUUCGUCGGAUUUUAGAACGUAAAUUAUUUGAGUGUUGAGUAAAAAUCGGUGAUAUUUAAUUAUUUUUACUUGGAGUCGUCCAGAGUUCGCAAAUGAAAAUGCCACAUGUGUCCUGAUUAAAAACUUCGAUUGGAAAAUUCUACUCGGAUUAAAAUCGAAAAGUUCCGAGUAAAUUCGAUUGAAAUUUAAACGGAUACUUGGAACUCUUGCGAGAAUUUCUGAUUGAAUGUUUGUUUUCGAUUGGAUCUGAUAGAAAUCCGAUUGAGUUUCAAUCAGAUUCCAUAGAAUUUAAUCGGAGUUUUUAAUCAGGGUGAUAAAAAUUAAUAAUUUUAUGAAAAUGUAUUCAUUUUUCAAUCAAAUGGAUCCUUGUUUAGAAAUGAAAAUAAUAAAACACAAAAUAUGAAAUUAUAAAACGAUAGCAAAUCAAAGAAAAGUUUUUGCGAGCUCUGGUGGAUAUUUUUCGGACUUUUCUCUGAAAAACUUUGAAAAAAUCUUUAGAACUUUAGAACUGAGUUUUGCAGAGAAAAUUACGAAAAAUUUCCACCAAAGAACCGAAAAAUUGCCAUGAAAAAUACAUAAAGGUAUGAAAUUAUAGAAAAAUAUCAAAGCAUGGAAUCAUAACUUUGGUUACUGGCAUGAAAGAUAAAAAAAUUGUUUUUUGUUUUCAACUGAAAAGCUUCAGAAAGAGAGAAAGAAAAAUUAUAAUUGUUAACUACAAUAAGUUACAACAAAACUUAUCGUAAAUGAACAGAAAAAAGUUACGAUUAAAAAUUAACAGUGUAAUUAAAUUAAAUUAGAAAAAAAAUGUAAAAAUUAUUCACGAUUUUUUUUUUUAUAUUUUUCUACCGUAUUGUUUAACAUACAUUUAUUUAUUUAUUUAUUUUUUUCAUAUUUUAUUAUUUGAAUUGAGUUUAAAUUCAAAUUUUAAAUUAUCAUCUGUAAAAAAAAUGAUUACCCAAAAGACUCGUAACGAUAAGUGAUCAUUUUUUCGAUUACUAAGUAUUUUUUUCAAUUUGAUAAGUAUAUGUUUAUUUUUAGUGAUAAAUCAUAGCUAUAAAUAUAAAUAAUAAUUGUAUAAAAUUAAAUUGUCGAUCGCAUGACAAACUGUGAUUGUCGCAUAUAAAUGAUAAACAAAUAAAUAAGAAAUUAACAACGUAA